GACUGCGUGCAUGAAGGAUGAAGCUAUUGGAUGUUCUUUGUAUUGCUUGCGCUUAUGCAUUGUCUUUAAACUAACGAGCAUUGAAUGCAUGUCCUUUGUGCGAGUGUGUUUGCUGUGUGUAGAAAGUCCCUCCUGUUUGCCGCCAUCUCGCUUACUAUGUACAUGCUGCACAUAACACGUACUGUACGGAGAACAAAGCAGCUUACAUGUAAUUCUCCUCUCCUCUCACUUCGCCACCUCAUACGAACUGCUAGCUUGUAGCAUCGUCAUCAUCACCAACACCGAGUGGAUAGGUAAGGUAGGUAGGUACUGGUUAUUCGUAAUGAUAUCUUGUUUUUGCUACUGA